AUGGGUCGUGUCAUCAGAGCUCAACGUAAGGGUGCCGCUGGCUCCGUCUUCAAGUCCCACACUCACCACCGCAAGGGUCCGGCUAAGUUCCGUAGCCUCGAUUACGGUGAGAGAAAUGGGUAUCUCAAGGGUGUUGUGACGGAGAUCAUCCACGAUCCUGGACGUGGUGCUCCGUUAGCUCGCGUCGAUUUCCGCCAUCCUUUCCGAUACAAGAAGCAGAAGGAGCUGUUUGUGGCUGCGGAAGGUAUGUACACGGGACAGUUCCUCUACUGUGGUAAGAAGGCGACUCUCGUUGUAGGUAACGUGCUUCCACUUAGAUCGAUUCCCGAGGGAGCUGUUGUCUGCAACGUUGAGCUUCAUGUUGGUGACCGUGGAGCCUUCGCUAGAGCUUCCGGUGAUUACGCCAUCGUGAUUGCUCACAAUCCUGACAACGACACCACUAGGAUUAAGCUUCCUUCUGGGGCAAAGAGGAUUGUACAAAGUGGAUGCAGAGCCAUGAUUGGGCAAGUAGCAGGUGGAGGAAGAACAGAGAAGCCACUUCUCAAGGCAGGUAACGCAUACCACAAGUACCGCGUAAAGAGAAACUGCUGGCCUAUAGUUCGUGGUGUGGCUAUGAACCCUGUGGAGCAUCCUCACGGAGGAGGAAACCACCAGCACAUUGGUCACGCCAGUACGGUCAGUCGCGAUAAAUCUGCUGGUGCCAAGACUGGUCUUAUUGCUGCGAGAAGAACGGGUCGUCUCAGAGUUCGUGGUGUGGCUAUGAACCCUGUGGAGCAUCCUCACGGAGGAGGAAACCACCAGCACAUUGGUCACGCCAGUACGGUCAGUCGCGAUAAAUCUGCUGGUGCCAAGACUGGUCUUAUUGCUGCGAGAAGAACGGGUCGUCUCAGAGGUCAAGCUGCCGCUUCAGCAGCCAAGUCAGUUUAG